CUGGUCUCUCUAGCCAGUGGUCGCUGGCUGGUGCUCACCAGAACUGCUCCUUCAGGCUCACCAACGCUGGUGACCCUUGCAUCUCGGUCGGCUGUCUGCACUGUUAGUUCUUCUUUUCGUUCUCGCGUUUCUAUACCUUGCCAGUUUCGACUAGGACCGCGUUUUACCCUUGCCUUGACGACGACAUUUCGAUCAACGGCUUUGAGAUCUUCCGUCGCGGGCUUCGUUCCGUGUCGCUCCGUUCCUGACUGCCGUUCGAUCAAGGCUGUUUUCGCUCCCGCUCUUCCAACAGCGUCAGUGACAAGAGAUGGAGGACUUUUGGAAGGAGGCAUUUCCAGUGGGCACAGAGUGGGAUCAAUACGACAAAGUGUACGAAAUCGAGUGGGACUUCUCAAACCUCGAUGAGGCGUUUGACGAAGGGGGGGCCCUGCACAACAAGCGGGUCUACCUCUUCGGCUGCACAGAACCGCAGCUGGUGCACUGGAAGGGGAAGGACAAAGUGGUUCACGUGCCAGCAGUGGUGGCGGUGCUAUCGCCCUUUGCUCCUUCAGACAAGCUGGGCAUCAAGUCGGUGCAGAUGGAGACCGAGAUGAUCGUGCCAAUGCGGGAGAUGAAGAUGGACUGGAUACCCUACAUCCCGGAUGACAGUCGAGGCACGUCCCUAAGGCGGUACCGCUCCGAUAUCUUCACGCUCAAGUGCAUACAAAGAAGGGCGGGCUUGAGGCAGAUGAAGCAAGAGCGGGUGAAGAAGUUCGAGUACUGCCUGCCAUACAUCUUCCUCCCUCACAUGCAGGAGCAGGAGGAGGUGGAUACAGUGGUCUCAAUCAUGUACCCGUUUGAAGGAGAGAACCCACCUCCCCCAUUGCUGGCGGACUAUGACUGGGAAUUCGAUGAGUAUGAGGAGUUCACGGACAAUCUCAUCAAGGAGGAGUCGCUGCCAGAGGCAGAGAAGGCGAAGUUCAUUGAGUUUGUAAAGAAGGAGGUGAAGGAGGCGAAGCUGAAGGCCAAGCAGGAGCGGGAGGAGCGCAAGAAGGCGAUAGAGGACAUGGGCGAAGAGAGGCGGGAAGCCCUAAAAAAUCUAAAGUUUCUCAAGUUCUACCCCAUAAAGAGCGAGGAUACACCAGAUAUUUCUGAGUUCAAGGCAAGCUAUAUCAAUCGGUAUUAUGGCAAGGCUCAUGAGGUUCUAUGAUAAUUUUAAAAGGACAGCCUGGAGCGACGGCACCAACCACACAAACAUAGUAUUCUUAUGCAUCUAUUAGUUGCACUGACCUUUUCAAAAGGCUCUCUCACCUCAUGACAAGUGUACUCUUUAUGUAUUGAUCAAUGUGAUAACGCACUGAUCACA